GUUUCCGCUCUGCAGGCAGGGCUCCCGCCGGGAAGCGGUACCGGGGGUCGGGGGGCGGCGGGAGGGAUGGGGGGGGUGGUGCGGGCCCCUUCGCCCCGCCCCGAGCCCCGGCAGUGCCUUCCCGUCACGCUCCGCCCGAGCAGCGCCGCCUCUCUCUCACGGGCUGUGUGUUCUCUCCGCAGGGACCUGGGCGCCAGCCUUCCGUCGCUCGGCAGGCCCGGAGGGUGCCCGGGGCGGCGCUGGCCCCCCCGCCGCCGGGUUUUCCCAAUAGAAAACCAGAAAAGAUGAUUGAUAUUAAGGCCUGGGCUGAAUACAUCGUGGAGUGGGCUGCAAAGGACCCAUACGGCUUUCUUACUACAGUGAUCUUGGCCCUUACACCAUUGUUCAUAAUUAGUGCAGCGCUUUCAUGGAAGCUUGCAAAAAUGAUUGAGGCCAGGGAGCGAGAGCAAAAGAAGAAACAGAAACGCCAAGAGAAUAUUGCAAAAGCCAAACGAACAAAGAAGGAUUAAAUGGGAAAAAAAGGUCUUCCUUGUGCAAAGAAUCCAUUUCCUAAAUGAAACACUGUUUUAUAACUGUCCUUUGAUACUUGAUCCUCUAAUUUCUUGAUGCAGGGAAUUUAGUCCCUCUAGUGUAUUUUUUUUCUGCUGAAAUGAUUUGUGUUAGUUUGUCCAAAUGACACUUGUUACAGUCAUUUAAUCUACUUGUUCUAGUCCAGGUUGCUUUUCUAACUUUGCAUGUUAAACUAAAA